AUGGCCACCCAAACGUGGCAGCUCCAUGAAGAAACACAUCUCAGCCUCUGCCUCUCCUUCAACUUCUCCCUCCUCCGUCCUCCCUCCCUAUUAAAAACCAAGCAAUCUUCUGCUCUAAUUUCUCUGCAGUUCUGCAACAAUACAAUACUGUCCACAAUGAGGUUGAAGCAACUCUCCUCCAUUGCAAACGACGUUGUACAAAAAUGCGCUUUGAAACUGGAUACCCCGGUGGACAAAUUGGUGGAGGAAUUUGAAACUACAUGGAAGACGGAUGAAACGGCUAAUAGUUAUGGGAGGAAAUUCGUAGAAUUUUGCAGUGCCAAGGUUAUGCAGAAUUGUGACAUGUGCAAAACCAUUGAGGAAAAGAUUGCCAAUGGCUCUUUUAGCCGCUUCACCUUCGACAUGAUGCUCGGUUGGGAGAUGCCUACCUGUGCUGACGAGGAAUCUUUUACGGAGUGUGUGGCGAAGGAGAAAGAAGAGAAAAAAUUGCCGCAAAAAUGUCUUUCAGAACAAGAUGACAUCUCUCUGUUCUAUUCAGACCUUCUGCCACUUCUUGUUGAUAAUGAGAAAAAUGUUGGAGAAGAUGCAUUUGUUUGGAUGGGGUCGCUGGUUCCACUAGUUACAGAUGUUGUUAAUGGGAGAUUUACCUUUGAAACUUUAACGGUGCCUACGGGCAACCGGCUCCAUUUUCCUUCCUAUGACAAAUAUUUAAAGGAAAUUGAUAGAUGUAUAAAAUAUUUGGCAAAACAUGCAAAACCGAAGGGUGUGGAGCUUGCAGACGACGAAUUCAUUUUACACGUCGAGGGAACUGCUAGCACACAGCGAGUAGUGCGCCACAUUGGAGGAACAAGUUGGCCUGGUAGGCUUACACUAACGAAUUACGCACUCUAUUUCGAGGCUUCUGGAGUAUUAACAUAUGAAGACGCUCUUAAAAUAGACCUUUCGAAGGAUAUGGAGCAAACGGUGAAACCAGCUUCAACAGGGCCAUGGGGUGCUCCACUUUUUGACAAGGCUAUAAUUUACGAUUCUCCUGAAUUAUCAGAGGAGAUUGUCCUGGAGUUCCCCGAGGUAACAAGCUCUACAAGGCGUGACCUUUGGCUUGCGCUCUCAAAGGAGAUUAUGUUGAUGCAUCGUUUCCUAGCGAAGUAUAAAAUAAGCUGUCCGAUACAAGCAUGGGAGAUGCAUUCAAGGACAAUCCUAGCAAUAACAAGGCUCCAUGCAGCAAGAGAAAUGCUAAGAAUAUCACCCCCUCCACCAACAAGAUUCUUAAUUUUUUCUUUGUUCGAUGAGAUACCGAAGGGAGAUUAUGUACUGGAAGAGCUUGCAGAGAGUCUUAAGAAGAGCAAUAGCGGGCAUCCAUGUAGUGCUAGUUCCAUCCUAAGGAGCAUGAACUUGUCAGAGUCGAUGAUCAUCUCAGGUUUAGACCAAGAGAUGAAAGUUGGCAGCAGCGAAAAUGCAACCCCAACUCCAAGCGGUCAAGUCGAAAACAGUUCCUUAUUAGAAACAGCAAUUAAUCAAGCAAGAGUGGAAGAAAAGGAUAUUGCUAUUGCCAAAGCUACCACGAAGGAACGUAAAGAAGAGGGAAUCAGUGAAAGCGCUACUAUCUUUUUGGAGCUACUAAGGCCCCUUCGGAAUUCAGUGCCUUGGUUUGAAGAAGUACUCAUGUGGGAAAGACUGUCAACUACUCUCACUGUGGUUGCUGCGACUUUAAUAGUCACCUACCAGGAGUGGGUUGGCGUAGCACUAGCCGCUUUAUUCAUUUGGCUGGUUGCGAAGAUGGUUAGAGCCAGGCUGCAAAGACUUGAUAUAAAAUGCAAUGAGAUAGUCGUGUGCACCGCCUCGGACCAGAGUACAAUAGAAAGCAUAGUGUCUGCUCAACGUGGAAUGCAAACUGUGCAUGAGAUGAUGCAGAUAGCAAAUGUUUCGAUAUUGAAGUUGUGGUCCAUAUAUAUUUCGAAGGCACGCAAGCAUGCAAAUGUGGCGAUGGUGUUGUUGAGUGCGACGGCAAUAUUUUUUACGGUGGUUCCGGUGAAGUUUGUUAUAAUGGCAGCCAUAGUUUGUUGCUUCUCAUCGACAUUGGCGUCGAGACUAGGUAUGGGCAAGGGGGAGAACCAAAGCAGCAGACGACUAAGAGAAUGGUGGGAUUCAAUUCCAGUCAUUCCUGUUCGUGUUGUCGAGACUCAACAGUCCAAGGCAGACUAGCUAGAUACGGCUGCUUCCGACUGCCAACUGCCCGAAAUAGUUUACGUUGCACUUAUGAUUCCGGUUUGUCAUGGUUUCUCCGGUUUCUUUUCGAUGCUGCAGUAAAUGGAUCCAGAAGAAGGGUAGCUUGCAUGUGUGGCCAUGUGUAAAUAAAUAUCAUCGUUAAGAGCUAUAGAUUGUAAACGAGCGGUGUUACUGUCAU